AUGAUUCGUGGUUCUUCAAUUAUUAAAAAUCUUGGUUCAUCACGUCGUUUUUUAUCAACUGGUAUUAAAUAUACAACAUUAUCAAAUGGUAUUACAGUUGCAUCCGAAACUAAUCCACAAGCAUCACAUUCAACAGUAGGUUUAUAUUUUGGAGCAGGUUCAAGAUCAGAACAUCAAUAUUGUAAUGGUGUAUCAGCAUUAUCAACAAAUGUAUUAGUUCAAAAACAAGAUCCAUCAACUGGAGUUAUAUUAUCAUCACAUAAUGCAAAAGAGUUUAAUGGUAUUAUUGCUGAAACUACAAAUAAUAAUAUUGAAGAAGCUGGGAAAUUAAUUUCAUCAAUUGCUUCUAAUGCUGAAGAAAUUAUUUUAAAUUCAAAAUUUGAAGAAGCUAAAAAUCAAUUAAUUGUAGAAUCAAAUAAAAUAGAAUCAGAUCCAAAAUCAAGAGUAUUAAGUCAUUUAGCUUCAAGUGCUUAUCAAGGUUAUUCAUUAAGUUUACCAACUAUUGGAACAACUGAAUCAAUUUCAAAUUUAGAACAACAAGAUUCUUUAAGACAUUUAUCAAAACAUUUAGUCAAUCAUAAUGUUGUUAUUGCAUCUUCAGGAAAUUUCGAUCAUGAAAAAUUAAUAAAUAUAAUUGAAAAAAAUUUAAAAUUGAAAGUUUCAACAAAACCUGAAUUAAAACCUGCUAAUUUCUUAGGUUCAGAAGUUAGAAUGAGAGAUGAUACUAUGUCAAAAGCUUAUUUUUCAAUUGCAGUACAUGGUGAAGGAAUUAAUUCUCCAAAUUAUUAUUUAGCUAAAGUUGCUGCUGCAAUUUAUGGUAAUUUUAAUUUACAUUCAACAAAAGCUCCAUAUACUUCUCCUAAAUUAGCUUCAAUUGUACAAGAAUAUGAUAUUGUUGAAUCAUAUAAUCAUUUUUCAAAAUCUUGGUCUGAUACUGGUUUAUGGGGUUAUUAUGCUGAAAUUCAUAAUCGUUUUACUAUAGAUGAUUUUGUUCAUUUUUCUUUAAAACAAUGGAAUAGAUUAUCUGUUUCAAUUAGUGAACAAGAAGUAGCAAGAGCAAAAGCACAAGUUAAAACUGCAAUAGUUGAAGAAUUAACUUCAUCAAAGGAUAUAACUAAUGAUAUUGCUAAAAAAGUUUUAGCUGUUGGUUAUAGACAUUCAAUAAAAGAAUCAUUUGAAAAAAUUGAUUCAAUCACAGUUAAUGAUGUUAAAAAUUGGGGUCGUUCUAAAGUUUGGGAUAGAGAUAUUGUUAUUUCUGGUACUGGAUUAAUUGAAGAUUUAUUAGAUUAUAACAGAAAUCAAAAUGAAAUGGCUAUGUUAAGAUGGUAA